AUGGUCAAGAUUCAGUUUUCAGUUAAAAAUGCAUUCAUCCAAAAAUAUAUACUAUUUCUAACAGUUGCUUGUAUGGUGAUGACGUUUAUGGACAUGAUGAAUCGAAUUCACUACAUUGGAGCCAGUUACGCCAUCGGAGCAAUAUUAAUGGGAAUAACCAAUCACAUCCAUAACUCAUUAAGCAUAACAGGAAUCGGAUGCGUUUUGGACUUGCUUCAUCUUAUUUUCCGCAGCUCUAACUCAAGUUGGAAUUCAGUCAGAUAUUUUCAAUUUAUAAUACAUUUUCUUGCUAUAGUGUACGAGUUAAUUUACAUGACGAUGCUGCAUUGCUACUGGCAGUACACUGAAGCAACUAAAAAUAUUUCACAAACAUCAUGGCUAAAAAACCAAACGAUAUUACCUAUCAAACUUGGGCAAUCCAGUGCAGCAGCAGUAAAUCCUACGGAACCAGCUAUGGACGACCCUGUAGCACACGAGCCAAAUGUAGCAGCGUCAAACUCUAUUGCAGAAACACUAGAACCUAUUGAAAUGACUAAAACUAGUCAAGUAUUAACGGAACCUAAUGUAACAAUACUGGAACCAAAUGCAGUGUCAGAACCUAGUGUAGAGACUGAACCCACUAAAGCAACAGAAAUAACCAGUAACAGUGUACCAGUAUCAGAACCUACGUUAUCAUCAACAGAACCCAGUGCAGGAACGCAAAAUGCUAUCGCAGAAAUACUGCAACCUACCGAAACGCCGGAACCUGGAGAAAAUGCAGCAGAACUAAGUGGUGCUGACUCUAUUACACCUAUACAGGAACCCAAUUCAGCAGCUUUGGACUCUAUAGUAGAAACACAUAACCCUGUUUCGGAAACGGAAACUGAUGAAAGAAAUCAGGAAUAUAGUGUGUCAACUCCAGAAACAAAAGAAGAAAAACAGUAA